AUGAUCUACGAGGGAAUUCGAGGAGAGUUAGAUCUGGCUGCUGCAGAAUGGUUUAAACUCCCAGGUAAAAUGGUUGACCUUGGGGACUGUUGGGAUCGCUUCUUCAGGCGCCAAAAUGACGGAAUGGCGAGUUUUGCAAGGGCGUUUGUCAAAAAAGCCAUGGAAGAACUGGCUGCUAAAUGGGUUGACGGUACGAGCAAGGAUGAGAUAUGGCGCAGCAAAGUCAAACAGGUUGAGGAGAUACUUGAAGCGUUGGGGAGCAAGAUUGGCGAGAUCUAUAGCAAUGGGUAUGAAGCAGAGGUUGUAGCGUUCCCGACUUGA